AUGAGCAAAACGAAGCACGAUCUUGAUCAUCCAAUUUGAACACGUAACCUCGCUGCCUAAAACUUCAGACUGUCGUUGAAACGAGACAAUAUGGGCCUUAUGGGAGUUUGAAAGAGCCAGGACCGCAGGCGCAGACUCGUUAUAUGACGCGACAUGUAUUAAUAAAUCAAUAAAUUCAACGUGUACCGUCUCAGUCAGCCAAAAAUUAAAUCCGUGUCUGUCCUCAAAGAAGACAGGAUCUGCUUUCCUCUAUGGGACGGAGCACCGGUUUACUUCAUAUAGGAAAAGUUGUUUCAUUUUGAGCACCUUUCAUCCAAGAAUGAACUAGUAUAUGUCAAGACAACGACGAAAUGAGCACGGUUACGAUGCGAGGGGGGGUUCGCGAAGGAGGCGAUAAAACGACUUCGAAUACAGAGGCUCACUUCAAAAUACUGUUACUAGGUGACUCGAAUGUGGGGAAGACCAGUCUCCUGCGACGUUACACCGAACAAGGGGCAAACCCAGCAGAAGUUCGACCCACCAUUGGAAUGGACUUCCGAGUCCGAACAAUUCGUAUAGGAAAUCACAGGAUCACUCUCCACAUAUGGGACACAGCCGGUCAAGAACGAUUCAAGAGUAUCACUUCGUCGUAUUUUCGGGGCGCAGAUGGCGCGUUGCUGGUGUACGACGCGUCGAGCAGGGCGAGUUUUGCAGGGUUAACGGGCUGGUUGAAGGAAUUAAACCGGCGAGCUACGGAGCCCGUCGUUAAAGUCCUGGUGGCAAACAAAGCGGACCUGUCACCAUCAAAGGUUCCAAAUACGGAAGGCCGUGCCCUGGCAAAUGCUCAUAACAUGUCGUUCAUGUCUACAUCUGCUGCCACAGGAAGCAACGUCACGUCAGCGUUUUUUGUGCUUGCUCAACGGCUGAUUGAAGAAAGUGUCAAAUUCAAUAAUCCAAGAGAUUAUCCUCAAGCAGGAGAUGGGCCAUUCGACAACGGCAUGGAGAGCAACGGUUCAUUGGGCGCCGUCCAUAUCGGCAAAACGGUUUCCAGAAUGAGGAGAAUCUGUGAUUUUAUUUAAUAUCGUCGCCAUUUAAUGGGGUUGAGUGUUUUAAAUAAGCACGUAUGAAAUGGAAGAAGCUAUGCCGUUAAAGUUCAAUGAUGUUCGUCAAGAGCAGCGUCCGUAGAGGUCGAAUUUAUUAUUUUAGUAAAUUGUGUAUCGGUAAAAUGGGAACCAAGUUCUUAUUGGAAGUUUAGCGAUACAUCCAAUAAACUUGCUCGGAAAUCAACUGGCGAUUUUUAGAUGUAGUAUUCAUGCGUUUUCUAAUAGUUGUAAGGGCUGGACACUGGAGAGAUGCUUGUAAAUAACAUGUGAUUUGUACUAAUUGAGAUUCGAGCUGAGCUAUCACCGUUAUGUGUUACGUUCAUGUGUGUGUGCAAUAUUCUAAGUUUCUACGAUUUUCGGAAUCAUACGUUUUGCGCUUCAAUUUCCUAAAACCGCUUCCAGGUAUGGCUAAUUAACGUCCACACAACUUUUCGAUAUUCGUACGACUG